AUGAAAAAAAUAUUCAUAAUAAUAAAAGUUGUACUGUGCUUCUUCUUCUUCUCCUUCUCUACCUCUUUCUUCUUCUUUGUCUACUUCUUCUCUUUCUUCAAUAUGAUUUUUACUCACUCUCUUCUAACUAUUCUAUUUACUUCCUUCUUCUUUUUUCUUCUUCCUCCGACUACUCUUCUUCUUUUCCUUCUUCCUCUUACUACUAAUAUUUCUGAUCAAACAUCUUUUUUCUUCCAAUACUCUCUUCUUUUUUAUUAUUCAAGCUACUUGUUUAUAUUCUUCAUCCUUUUCUUCUUCUUCUUCUUCUUCUUCUUCUUCUUCAUCAUUAUAAUCCACUUCUUCUUCUUCUUCAAGUUCUUUCUUUUUCUAUCUUUUCUUCUUCCUCCUCUUACUCCCCCUCCUCUUCCUCUUCUUAUUCAAGCUUCUUUUUUCGCCUUACUGCUCCCAGUCUUCUUCUUCUUCUUCUUCUUCUUCUUCUUCUUCUUCUUCUUCUUCUUCUUCUUCUUCUUCUUCUUCAAGUUCUUUCCUUAUCGUCUUCCUCCACCUACUCUUCUACAAGCUUCUUAUUUUUCUUCUUCUUCCUCCUACUCCUCUUUUCUUAUUGUUCAAGCUUCUUAUUUUCCUUCUCCCCUCUCUUCCUCCUCCUCCUCUUCUACUUCUUCAAGCUUCUUCUUUUUCUUCCUCCUCCUCCUCCUCCAUAUCUUCUUCUUCAAGCUUCUUUUUCUUCUUCGUCUUCUUACUCCCCCUGCUCGUCUACUUUUCCUUCCUCUUCCUCUUCAAGCUUUUUCUUUUUCGUCUUCCCCCUCCCUAGUCGUCCUCCUCCUCUUCUUAAUACAGUUAUUGUUGUUUUCCUCGAUGUCUGAAUUCCAAACCUGA